GGCAUGCAUGCCAGAAUAACAAAGGCAUCACUACUCUAUCGGGAGGAUAUAUUUCCUUACAAAUAAGCUUCUUUGGCUACCAAAACAUGAUGCCCCUUCAUUGAAAUUAGGAUGGGAGUGGUGGUUUAUUUGGACACCAUAUUGGUUCCCUUGAGCCUUUUUUUUACGUUGGGUUACCAUGCCUAUCUCUGGCACAGCUUCAAAAACAUGCCCUGUAAUACCACCAUCGGAAUCAAUACAUUAACAAGGAGAGCAUGGUUUCAAGACAUAAAACAGGGUGAUGACAAGAAGAGUAUGCUGGCUGUCCAAAGUUUGAGAAACGCUCUAAUGGCGACCACGCUCACUGCUUCAAUAGCCAUUCUUGUUAACCUGGCACUGGCAGCUCUGGCCAACAAUGCCUUCAAAGCAAGCCACCUCCUCAACAACCCUACUUUCGGAUCCCAAUCUGGUAGGAUUCUUGUCGUCAAAUUUGGGUCGGCAUCGCUCCUUUUGUUGGUUAGCUUCUUAUGCAGCUCUAUGUCCAUUGGAUACCUGAUCGAUGCAAAUAUCUUGAUAAAUGCUUGUGGGGAAUUCUCAUCUCUUGGACACACACAAAUCAUAUUCGAGCGGGGGUUCAUGUUGGCUCUCAUCGGUAACCGGGUACUCUGCAUUACCUUUCCUUUGAUGUUAUGGUUGCUUGGUCCGGUGCUAGUGGCUUUGUCCUCAGUGGCAUUGAUUUGGGGGCUUUAUGAACUCGAUUUUUCAGGAAAAUUAACAAAUUAGGCGUCAAUUAAGCAAAGUCGCCGUGAACGUACACUUGUAUGUAUGAUUGUAAAACGACCUUCUAAAUUAUGAACUGUUAUGAUGCAAAUAAGAAAAGCUAACCUGAUUGAAAGAGAGAAGAUCAUAGAAUGGAAAAGCUACUCUGUAUUAAUUCAUGCGUAUCGAUCUGGCAAAUUAAGAAUGUAAGAGUCCGGGCAGCCGGACAAGUCGAUUAAUGCAGAUCAAGAGUAUAUAAUAUGUAGUUGUCAAGCUCUGGA